ACAAAUUUCUCAAAGCAUUAGAACUAUAUGAAGAAAUCCUCAACAACAGUCAGCAUACUCCUAAUGAUAAAGCAUUAAAUGCUGAAGAGCAAGCUCUAUUGAUCCCCUUUAAAAUUGUUCUUCCAAAUUAUCCAAGGCCAUUAUUCGAAUAUGAAAGUUAUACUACAUCUAUUAGAUUUUAUUUGAAUAACGGAAUCCAAAAUUGGCUUGAAAAUGAAGGAUAUAAUGUCGAAGAAUAUAAAGAUGAACUUGCAAAUACUAUCGGAUGCACUUUAAUUGUAAUGUUUCUACGAGCAAGUAAAAGUCUUAAAUGUCUCGAACUUAG